CUUUGACAUGGGCAGCUUUGGAACCCUGCAGACAGCGACUUUGCUUGGCAGCCAUGGGGCAGGCUUGCAGUGCUCCAGACGACUCUGACCGUGAGGAAGUGGUUGCCAUCGACACUGCUGAGGCUGUGAGGCCACUGCUCCGCGAGGACCAAUUUAGCAUGUCAGUCAAGGCUUUACAGGAUGCCUUCACCCAGUGUGACACGAACAAAGACAACUUUGUCACAAAGAUUGAGCUCAUCAAGGCGUGCAAAAGCCACCCUGAGAUUGCACAUUUGCUUGGGAUUCCUGAGCACCUCAGAGAUAGUGCUCGGGAUCAGUUUGAGCAGGUGUUUCAAGCAAUGGAUAGGGACAGCGAUCGCAAGGUGACCUUCGAUGAGCUGAAGAGCUACUUUCGGCAAGGGGGAGUCAUCCUUCAAGACGACGAGCCAUUGCCUCUGGUGGACUGGGCGGAGAUCGCCAACAAUGCCAAAACUUGCUAAAUGAUGGCCGUCGAAAGUUACCAGUUACCAAGACAAAGAAGUGUGAUUGCCGUAAUGUAUAACACUCAUGGGACUCUGGCAUAUUGUGGGUAGU